AUGGAGUUUGGUAGGGCGCUGGGGAACGAUGAACCAGUCAUUCCUUCCUUUCCAAAUUCGGAUUAUUCUACUGGCGUUUCUGGCGUGGUUGGCGUAAUUUGGGCACUUCUAAGACGGGAAGAUCGAGGAGCUUCAUACGUUGUUCCCACAUCAUUGAACUACUAUUCUCAAUGUUUUGGGGUAACGAUCCAGACUGUAAAGGGGAUUGUACAAUCCCCAGACAAGGAGGUUGAAUUGCGGUAUAAUGUUGGAACGAGAACAAACGGAGUGGUCGAGCUUCGCUGGCUAAACAAUCCCACGACACUAACUAUUAGUUUAGAAGAUCCUUAG